AUGCCAGAGCCUGUCAAUGGCGAGACAGCCAAGCCGCGCAAGGCUCCUCGGAAAAGCAAGAGGAGAGGAAACCAACUGCAGAAGCCAUGGCUUUACGACCUGGUCCUUUGGACUAUGUCAGUCUUGAUUGACUUGUUCUUCCGCGAAGUGCAUCCCCGUGGAGCUUGGAAAAUCCCUCGAACGGGUCCCGUCAUCCUCGUUGCAGCACCACAUGCCAAUCAGUUCGUAGACUCUUUGAUUCUCAUGAGACUACUCAAGUCCGAGGCCAAAAGGAGGAUAUCAUAUUUAAUAGCUGAGAAGUCAACCUCGCGCAAGUUCAUUGGAACUCUUUCAAAAGGGAUUGGGGCAAUACCGGUAGGACGAGCUCUUGACAAGGUGAAGCCUGCCGAGGGCAAAGUCUAUCUUCCAGAUCCAGAACAUGAUCCGACCCUGAUCCGUGGCGUUGGAACGGACUUCAAGAAUGGCUCAUUUGAAGUCGGUGGUCUCGUAGUCCUGCCCAAGGUCAACGGGCAAGCACCCAGCACCGAGAUUGCCGAGAUCAUAUCCUCCACAGAAAUCAGACUCAAGAAACCUUUCAAGACGCCGGAAGCCUUGGAGUUUCUGACAAAGGGCGAGGCUACAGAAGACGACGGAGAUGGAUCUCGUGGCACUUCCUUCAAAGUGGCACCAUUUGUCGACCAAACCAAGGUCUACAACGCCGUAUUUGAAGAACUGGAUGCAGGCGGAUGUAUUGGAAUCUUCCCAGAAGGCGGUAGUCACGAUAGACCAGACCUCCUUCCUUUGAAAGCGGGUGUUGCCAUUAUGGCCCUCGGAGCCGAAGCCAAUCAUCCUGGGUGCGGUGUCAAGAUCAUUCCCAUCGGCAUGAAUUACUUCCACGCUCACAAAUUUCGGUCGAGGGCGGUGAUCGAGUUCGGUCACCCCAUCGAGGUCCACCCUGAUCAAGUUGAAGCAUACAAAGCCGGCGACCGCAGAAACGCUGUCGGCUCACUCCUCGAAACGGUAUAUCAGGGUCUUUUGUCCGUGACACAAAGCUGCCCGGACUACGAAACCCUGAUGCUAGUGCAAGCGGCCAGAAGGUUGUACAACCCAUGGGGGAAGAAAUUGCCCUUACCCUUGGUGGUCGAACUCAACCGACGUUUCGUCAAAGGCUACACCCGGUACAAGGAUGAUCCACGAGUGGUCGCUCUCAAAAAGGACGUCCUGGAUUACAACCGUCAGCUCCGUGCACUAGGUCUUCGCGACCAUCAAUUGGAAUGGGGCAACCCUGCGAAACGACCUUGGUGGCUGAUCUUCGGCACUUUGAUAUACCGUCUUGGAGAACUGCUGGUGUUAGGCAUUGGCACACUUCCCGGUCUAGCCAUGUUCUGGCCCGUCUUUGUCACCACCAAAGUGAUCUCUGUCAAAAAGUCGCGCGAAGCACUUGCAGCCUCGACGGUGAAAUUGCAAGGUCGAGAUGUCAUUACCACGUGGAAGCUGCUUGUCGCCAUGGCCUUUGCACCUGCACUCUACAUCUACUACACCGUUAUUGUGACAAUGUGGCUGGUCUACAACCGACGUGGGGGAUACUACACAGACAGGGUUCCGUGGUGGAUGGUCGCUCGCACAUAUGUCCCUGACUUCGUGCCUACGUGGCUCUUUGCCAUUUGCUUCCUCAUUUUGUGUAUCAGUAUUACGUUUGCGGCACUGCGAAUUGGUGAAAUCGGCAUGGACGUUGUCAAAUCACUUCGACCACUUCUCAUUGCUCUCAAUCCACAAUCGUCAACUCGGAUUGCAAGGCUUCGAAAAACCCGGGAGAAGUUGUCCAUCAAAGUGACAGACCUCAUCAAUACUCUGGGACCGGAGGUGUUCCCCGACUUUGAUGCAGAGAGAAUUGUUGCCGAUCCAUUCAGAGAAGGUGCUUAUCAAUCAAGAUAUAAGCAAAUGCCGGAAGAACCUGCGAUGGUCGACACUGCUGAGCCUACCACGCCAACAUCUGGCGCGUUCGAAGCAGCACCUGAAUCGCCAGGCUCAAGAACUUUCAGCUCAUUGUUGCCAUCCAACGAGUCAUUUGGUAACAUUGGUGGAUUCGGAUUCUUUGCAUCUCGGCCUACCACCCCGAAAAGCCGUAGCAGGAGCAGUUCGGUGGGUGGGGCGCUCACUUGGGGCAACAUGAAACCUCUCAGCGCCGUGAACAAUAAGGAGAGCUUCGACGAGGUCAGUAAGAGGAUCCGCGGGGCAAUGCGUGAAAGAGGACGCAAACGGGAAAGUGAAGGAGCCGACACAGGGACGGAAAGCAGCUGGGAUAUGGCAUCGGAUGGCCCAGCUACCGAUGACGAGGAGCUCAAGAAAAAAAGAUAG